AUUCGCUUAGUAGAUUUGUUGACAAAAUCGCUGUAAACAUAUUGUUUUCCCCAUAAAAUUUGAGGUUUCCUAGCAAAUUUCAGUGGUACGGCGCUCUACAAGUAUUUGGUAGCUUUCACACAGAUGUACAUGGGAAGAAGCGAAUACUUUGACCUUUGAACUAGUACAACCAACUGAAACUGUGUACACAGAGAUGUGGUGUAACUUACAAUUGUACAUGAGAAAAACCGCUUGCCUGUGAUAUUUGUGGAUCAGCCUCCUCUCAAAAACAACACCUACUGAGGUGCCAAGCCUUUCACACUGAAGAGAACCGAACGGUGUUCAUUUGUGACAUUUGUGAAAAAGAUAUCAAGGACCGUGGACGGUGUGUUUUGUUUUUGAAAAGGGCAAGGGCACUAAGGCACUUCUCCUUGGUAAAGGGCACUCUGUGAGAAACUUGCAAAUUUCUACUGGAGCACCAAUGCAUGCAUGGAGGCAGUCGCCUUUGUUGCCUCUGUUAAAUAUCAGGGCUGCACUUCUCAUUUUAUCACUGGAUGUAGAGAAAUCAUUUAUGACGUUUGUGGAGAAUCCUAGAAUUUCAUGUAGCAGCUUGUUCUCAUUGACCACCUCUGUUCUCUUUUAGGGGAACCAUUUAUCUGAAUAAUUUUUAGGAAAGCCUGAAGAAUAUAGAAUUUCAACUUCAAAGUUCUUAGCUCUUGAGAGAAACAGUUGUUUUUCUGGGAUAUUUGUGAUUUUUUUAUGAGUGUUAAAGGGUCAUUUGAAUUAGAAGCAGCUUAUCGGAGCACCAAGUGAUCUUGGGUGUGAGAUCUGCCAAUUUUUGUGACAUUUGUAGAUGAACAUAAGCAAAACAAACCGUUAAUCUUGCCAGUAAAUGUUAAAAUUGUAGAUAUAGUUACCAAUAUGAGUUCUGAAAGUAACCAAACUGAUUUGGUCUGUGACUUGAAUCACCAAGGAGUCCACACUGACAUCAAACCAUUUCUUUGUGAUCUUGGGGCAUAUGCUUUCUCACAAAAUCCCCAACUGACCCACAAUCAGCCAGUCCAAACUGGAGAGAAACCAUUUACUUGUGACGUUUGUGGAGAAGUCUUCGCACAAAAACAUUGCUUGACCAUCCACGACUGUAUCCACACUGAAGAGAAACCAUUUCCUUGUGAACUGCCUUCAGCUGCCUUCAGCAGAAAAAAAAAUGCAAAACAUCAUCAACUGAUCCACACUGCUGGAGAAAAACGAUUUGUUUGUGAAAUAUGUGGAAAAGCUUUUUCACGAAAACCCUACCUGACAAUUCAUAUGCGUAUCCACACUAGAGACAAACAAUUUUGUUGUAACAUUUGUGGAGUGUCUUUCUCUAGCAAAAAACGUUUAACUGGGCAUCAAUCUAGUAUCCACACUGGAGAGAAACCAUUUGCUUGUGACAUUUGUGGAAAAGCAUUUGCUCUUGGAGAAAAUUUAAAAAGUCACCACAGAGUCCACACUGGAGAAAAACCAUAUGUUUGUGACAUUUGUGGAAAAGCAUUUUCUCAAAGCAGCUCUCUGAAUCGUCACCAGAGAGUACACACUGGAGAGAAACCAUUUGUUUGUGACGUUUGCGGAAUAGCAUUCACAGAUCAAACCAGUCUAAAUAAACAUUACAGAGUCCACACUGGAGAGAGACCAUUUGUUUGUGAUAUUUGUGGAAAAGCCUUCGCACAAAAAUACAGCUUGACCAAGCACAACCGUAGCCACACUGGAGAGAAACCAUUUUCUUGUGGUAUUUGUGGAAAAGCAUUUCCAUUUAAAACCAAUCUAAAUAAACACCACAGAGUCCACACUGGAGAGAAACCAUUCUUGUGUGACAUUUGUGGAAAAGGUUUCACAAAUGAGACUAGCCUUAAAACCCAUCAGCGUGUCCACACUGGAGAGAAACCAUUUGUUUGUGACACUUGUGGAAAAGCCUUCUCACAAAAAAAUUGCUUGACCAUCCACAACCGUAUCCACACUGGAGAGAAACCGUAUCCUUGCAAAAUAUGUGGAAAAGCCUUCAGACAAAAACUCCAGCUUACCAAUCAUGAGCGAGUCCACACUGGAGAUAAACCAUUUGUUUGUGAUAUUUGUGGAAAAGCCUUCGCACAAAAACAUCGCUUGACCAUCCACGACUGUAUCCACACUGAAGAGAAACCAUUUGUUUGUGAUAUUUGUGGAAAAGCCUUCGCACAAAAACAUCGCUUGACCAUCCACGACUGUAUCCACACUGAAGAGAAACCAUUUCCUUGUGAAAUAUGUGGAAAAAUCUUCACACGAAACAUUGGCUUAAUCGUCCACAGCCGUAUCCACACUGGAGUGAAACCGUUUCCUUGUGGAACAUGUGGAAAAUCCUUCAGACGAAUAAUCCACCUGACUAAUCAUGAGCGAGUUCACACUGGAGAGAAACCUUUUACUUGUGACAUAUGUGGAAAAUCCUUCAGCAAAAAAAGAACUGUAAAACUGCAUCAACAGAUCCACACUGGAGAAAAACGAUUUGUUUGUGAAGUAUGUGGAAAAGCUUUUUUACAAAAGAGGGACCUGACCAAUCAUGAGCGAGUUCACACUGGAGAGAAACCGUUUGCUUGUGACAUAUGUGGAGCUGCUUUCAGCAGAAAAAAUAAUGAAAAACAUCAUCAACUGAUCCACACUGCUGGAGAAAAACAAUAUUUUGUUUGUGAAAUAUGUGGAAAAGCUUUUUCACAAAAACCCUGCCUAAAAAUUCAUAUGCGUGUCCACUCUGGAGACAAACAAUUUCGUUGUAAAAUUUGUGGAGUGUCUUUCACUAGCAAAAGUAGUUUAACUGGGCAUCAACGCAGUAUCCACGAUGGAGAGAAACCAUUUGCUUGUGACAUUUGUGGAAAAUCUUUUUCUCAAAAGGUCAAUGUUACGUCUCACCAGAGAGUGCACACUGGAGAGAGGCCAUUUUCAUGUGAUAUCUGUGGAAAAGCAUUUUCUCAAAGCAGCUCUCUGAAUCGUCACCAGAAAGUACACAUUGAGGAGAAACCAUUUGUUUGUGACACUUGUGGACGAGGCUUUUCUUGUAAGUCUGUUCUCUCUAACCAUCACCAAACUCACAUUGAGGAGAAACCAAUUGUUUGUGAUGUUUGUGGAAAAGUCUUGAAAUCUCGAAAGAAAUUUGACAAACACAAAUGUGUCCACUCUGGUAAGAAACCAUUUGUUUGUGAUAUUUGUGAAAAAAUCUUCAAAUCUAAAAAGAAACUUGACAAACACAAAUGUGUCCACCCUGUAGGGGAGCCAUUAGUUUGUGACGUAUUUAAAAAGGAGUAGUUUAAGUACCGGUAUUCAUCAACAAUUCCACACUUUUAAGAAAACGAUAAGAGAGAUAAUUACGGAAAAGCUGUCUCACAGCUCAACAUGAAGAAAUUUCUAUUUAACACCUAGGCACUAAAUAGCAAACAGGCACUCUUGAAUCGUGUCUCACCAAAUUCUGAAUUUAGUACAUAAAAAGUUUGGUGCUUGAAACAGUUGGGACCGGUUUGGAGCAACCAAACAAUGGAAGUUGAAAGAUUGACUCUAGGAGUCGUUUGAAAGAUUCUGAAGUGUCUUGAUUUCAAACGUUGAUCUUGUCAUGAGCUAAUUCCAAUGUUAAAAUGUGUAAAGUUUGCCUGUCUGAAACCACAAUUUAUGUGGGUUGUACAGUACAUGUAGCUCCUAAUCUAUUUGGUUCUGCAUUACUCUAGAGUGCAUGUCUGAACUGGGUGUAACCUACGUGUAUGUGGUGAACUUUAUAGAAACAGUUUGGAAUUCACUGUGAAUGCGAGACAAAUUCUGUGAUAAUAUUUGGAGAAAGAAUAUUUUAGAAUAGAGGUUAUCUACAUUGUAAAUACCCAAUGCUUUAUUUCACAAAGCUAAGAUUCCUCAUUUAAAGGCAGUGGACACUAUUGGUAAUUGUCAAAGACUAGCCUUCACAGUUGGUGUAUCUCAACAU